CGUAAAUUUCCCUGGUUCACACCCUCUUAAAGUGAGCAAAUUCCUAGUGAUUGCUCACCAAUUUCUCAUCUUUGAGUUGAGAAACCGGAAAAACGAACUUAGUGUCCAAAAUUCCAAAUGACCAUAACAACUAUCUUCCUCUCCUUCCUUCUCCUCCUUUCCGGACCGGCGACCUCUGAGUCUAAGCUAAAUGACAAAGAACAAACAAUCCUCCUGAAACUAAAGCAACAUUGGCAAAACCCAUCUCUAAGCCACUGGCAAAACCCACCAUCUCUAAGCCACUUAAACUCCUCCCACCAUUGUAACUGGCCAGAGAUCACCUGCACCAACGGCUCAGUCACCCAACUACUUCUUCAAAACAUGAACAUCACCCAAACAGUCCCACCCUUCAUCUGUGACCUCAAGAACCUCACAGUCAUUGACCUUUCAUACAACUUCAUUUGUCAAGAGUUUCCUAAAGCUCUCUACAACUGUUCCAAGCUUGAAGAGCUCGACCUCUCGCAGAAUUACUUCAACGGCACAAUCCCCGUUGACAUUCACCGCUUGUCUCACCUGCGCCGCCUCAACCUUGGAGCCAACAACUUCUAUGGUAACAUUCCAUCAUCUAUUGGACAAUUAACAGAGCUGAGGACGCUUCAGCUUUUCCAAUGUGCAUUCAAUGGUUCUUUCCCGCGAGAAAUAGGCAACUUGUUCAAACUUGAGUCACUCCAGUUGGCCUAUAAUGAAAACAUGACAGCAGCAAAGUUGCCUUCGAGUUUCACUGAGUUGAAGAAGCUUAAGUUUUUAUGGAUUACUGCGUCUAAUUUGAAUGGAGAAGUCCCAGACACGAUUGGAGAAAUGGAGGCUUUGGUACAUUUGGAUUUAUCAAUAAACAAUCUAACUGGGAAAAUUCCGAGUAGUUUGUUUAUGCUAAAGAAUUUAAGUAUUGUGUAUCUUUACGCAAACCAAUUGUCUGGGGAGAUUCCUAUGGUGGUUGAAGCAUUAAACAUUGAUACUAUUGACCUCUCGGUUAAUAAAUUGACCGGAAGCAUACCUGAUGAUUUUGGCAAACUCAGAAACAUAACAGGUCUAAGUUUGUUUUUCAAUCAAUUAUCUGGAAAAAUCCCAGACAGUAUUGGCCGUCUUCCAAGUCUGAUGGUCCUUAAAGUGUUUAGCAACAAUUUAACAGGGACUCUGCCUCCGGACUUUGGGCUGUAUUCUAUGCUUGUAGAGUUCCAAGUUGCGGACAAUAAGCUUGAAGGCAAGUUACCAGAACACUUGUGUGAUAACGAAGGGUUGGUGGGUGUGGUAGCUUUUAACAACAACCUCACUGGAGAAUUGCCUAAGUCGCUUGGCAAUUGCAAUGGUUUGAAAAUUGUGACUGUCUUCAAUAAUAGGCUUUUUGGGGAUAUUCCUAGUGGCCUAUGGACAUCAUUGAAUUUGAGCAUCUUGAUUUUAAGUAACAAUUCGUUUACAGGCGAGCUUCCUCAAAGAGUGGCAAAGAAUCUCUCAAGAUUGGAAAUAAAUAACAACAACUUUUCUGGUAUGAUUCCAGCUGGAGUGUCUUCCUGGAGGAAGUUGGUGGUAUUUGAGGCUAGUAAUAACCUCUUUACUGGCACAAUUCCUCAAGAAUUAACAUCUCUUCCUUAUUUAACAACUCUUUUUCUUGAUCAAAAUCAACUCUCAGGCUCCCUUCCACAAGAUAUUAUAUCAUGGAAAACGUUAAAUACUCUAAACCUUCGCCAAAAUAAAAUCUCUGGACUUAUUCCUCCGGAAUUAGGUAAUUUGGCCGGUCUUACUGAGUUGGACUUGUCAGAAAACCAAAUUUCUGGCCCAAUCCCACCACAACUUGGCCUCCUGAGGCUCACUUUGCUCAAUCUCUCUUCCAAUCUUUUGAAUGGGAGGAUCCCGACACAAUUCGAAAAUGAUGCAUAUGCCAACAGCUUCUUCAACAAUUCCGUACUUUGUGCGAGUAAGCCGACUCUGAAUAUUAGAAAAUGUGACUCAGAGGUAGAGCCCCAAAAAUCGAGCAAACAUCCAUCCCAGUGUCUUGUUUUAAUAAUAUAUAUGGUGGCAGCUGCUCUAUUGGGUUUGUUAGCUUCACUAUUCGUGGUCAGAUUUCAUCGUAAGAGAAAGCAUGGAUUAGAUUCCACAUCCACAUAGAAGCUUACCUCAUUCCAAGG